AAAAAAGGUCACGGAUUGGUCAGAAGACCAGCUCGUGUUAAUUUUGACAGCAUGAGAAUCUCGUGAAACUACUUCUCUUCGUUCACGAUUACGGUGCAUGUAUUUUGCUGAAAAUUGUUACUUGGCCCCUAUGACAAGACACCAAAUGCUACCAGUUUCAGCUCUGUGAAACCCAUUGUGGAAUAAAAGAACGGGUAAAACAGUUAGUUGGCACGGCAGCGACGUGCGUGCGUGAAGUAUAAACUGUAAAAAAUUGUGACGUCUGCAUCCCAGAAUGCAGUUUGGUAAACAGACAUGGAAGCACCUGGUAAAGACCUCCACAGUCAGUGAGCAUUGCAUUCGUUCUUUCUGCACGAUCUCCAUACUUUAAUAUCCGCCACAUUCAACAGAUUUGUAUCUGUCUGCCGUCACAUUUGCAUCCCCAACGUCCAGGACCUUGAUUCCUUCCACAACUUGUGUGGGGCGACCAGCGAUCACCCAAACUGAUGAGGUUCUACUGAUCCAGUUACGAUUGAGUUCCCUUUUCCACAUUUGACAAGCGGAAAGAAUGUCGGAAAGGGCCGAUGAUGACGUCAGGGGGGAGCAGCGCAGAGCGGCCAGGCAGCUAAAGCAGCAACAGCAGCAGAUCCAGCGGGGAGAAGGCUCCACAGCAAUGGCGACUGUUGCGGAGCGCAGAUCCCUGCCUAGUCCAGAAAUGAUGUUGGGACAGUCUUGGAGCAACUGGGUCGAUGCUGCCAUACCCAAAGGCAACGACGGUGCUGAAUCGGAGGAAAGUUUGAAGGAGUUCGGGAAAAAUCGAGAAGCCAUGCGAUUGUGCAGAGAUGACAUGCCCAUAUUUGGCCAGUGUCCAGCACAGGACGACUUCUACCUGGUGAUGUGCAGCCACUGCAGUCAGGUGGUGAAGCCCCAGGCCUUCCAAGCACACUACGAGAGAAGACACAGCUCGGCCAGCAAGCCCCCCUCCACCUCGGCCCCCUCGUCAGCCUUUUCCCUGUCUGCUCUGUCUCGGAGCAGGGGCAGUGGGACUGGGGCUGGUCCCGGGGCGGGGGCCGGGGGUGUCAGUGGAGGGGCCAUGGGCCGCUCCUCCAGUGGGACCAGCGCCUCGUCCAACUCCAAAAUCCUCAAACCAGCCAAAGAGAAGCUGCCAGGCAUACAGCAGAGACCUCACUUCCCUCCCUUCAGGGAGCUCAAUGACAAAAUCCUGACCCCUGCAGUCAAAGUGGAGAAGAUGCGUCUGAAGGUGGAUGUGUGGGCCAAGCUGGUGCAGGCUCCCUUGGCCUCCACGACGUCGUCCUCCUCCAGCAGCACUGUAAGCUCCUCAUCACCCCUGAAGCCAGGCCUUAACUGUCCCUCCAUACCAAAGGCUCCCUUGCUGGCCCCUGGCCAGAUCCCCAACGGAAAGGGCCACAUCGCCCUCUCUGCCCUGGACAAGAAGCAGGACAAUAGCGCCAGUAACAGACAACACCUCCACAAGAGACUGUCAGAACGUGAGUUUAAUCCAGAUAUCCACUGUGGGGUCCUGGAUAUGACAGCUCGGAAGCCAUGCACACGAUCCCUAACAUGCAAGACACAUUCCCUAAGCCAGCGGAGGGCAGUGCUGGGCCGGAGGAAGCGCUUUGACACACUGUUGACUGAGCACAAGAGCAAAGCCCGGGAACGGGAGCUGCAGCACACCCACCCCCAGCAGAUCCCCCCUCUCAGGGACCCCCACCCCUCCCCCUCCCGGCUCGCCCCCCACCAUGACGCCCACCAGGUCGCUCAAGGCAACGGAGCCGCCGACGCCGCCACCAAGCCUUUGGUGCUCAGCAAACCCAAACCUCAAAAUCCUGGUCUUCCACGACUGAAUAGCAGUAUCUCUCAAGGAGGUGGCGGUUUCCUGGGAGACCCCUCGUCGGUCCACGAGUUGCCCCACCACUCUACGCCCGCCCCCGACGGGGUCUCCUGCCUGUCCAGUGAUGAGGGGGAGAAUGAGGAAAGGGAGGAAGGCACAGACAAACUGGACUGUCACUAUUCAGGUUACCAACCACGGCCUGCAGCUUACUGCACCUUUGGAAGUCGACUAUUUGGGAGUAGCUGCUACUCGUUUGACCGGCGCUGGGAUCGAAUGCGGUGUGCUCUUACUGCCAUGAUGGACAAGCACGUCAACACUCAGAUGUGGAAGAAAAUCCCUUUGGCCUUGGAGAACUCCUCUGCGCCGGCCCACAGGACAAGCACAAACUCCCUGUCCUCAUCCCACGGUAGCACCCCUGCCUCAGGCUUCCUCAGCCCCUCUGCGCCCCCUUACACCCAGUCCUACGACAGCAAGUCUGUGCUCUCGUACGGGACCACCUUAAACGCUCGUGCCUCCCAGGGCACGGCCGACCACCCUGCCUACAGCGCAGCACAGGCCAGACAAGUGUCUUCGUCGCCCCAGAUGCCUUCAGCCCACUCCUCGGUCACCACCCUGGCUUCAGGACGACCGCUCAAGUCCAGAUCCAGCGGCAAGUCCUUCAGACCCCGGGAGUCCUCCUCCACAGCUGCCAUAACCAACUCCACCAGUGGGGGCAGCAGUGGAGGAAGCAGCAGCAGCAGCCUCAGCUCGGGUAAGAAGAGGAAGAACAGCUCCCUCCCUACAUCGUCUCACGCUACCACCUACACCUCAGAGUCCUCUUCCUCCUCCAACACCACCUCUUCCUCCUUCAAAAAGAACUGCACAGUUCACAGUGGCAGCUCAGGGAGCACGUCCCACCACGUCCCACUAGUCCCCUCAUCUCACAGCGGCGUCCACAGUGUGGGACUUAACUGUGGCCCCAAUGCCAGGACCAACUCCCUCAGUCUGAAGGCAGAGCCCUCGGGGCCAGCGGGGGUGUCGGGGCCUGGGGUCAGAGGCCCCCCCUCGGGUAGCCCGGCCGAGUCCAUCAAAAGGAUGAGUGUGGUGAUGAACAGCAGUGACUCCACCCUCUCCUUGGGGCCUUUUGUCCACCAGGCCUCAGAGCACCACAGCAGGUUCAGCCAUGCCCACACUGACGGCCGCCUGGAGGGGAAGAAACGCAAGGGCUCCCCCGCUGCCAGCUCCGUCAACAGUGGAGGUGGACCAGGCAGGCCCAAAGUGGCCAAGUCUCCAGCAAUCAACAACAUCCACGGCAAACAUGGACGCACAAUCCCAGGAGGCCCAGGGCUCCCCAACAACUCCCUCAUCCAUCAGCCAAAGGCCCGCCCCUGACAGCAGUGGCUGUGUCCUCUGUAUGGAACCGAGGGGCGGAUGAUAAAGGGGCAACCUGUACACUGCUCUGGACUGCACGAGGCCUUCUAAUGCCUUACUCUCAGCUUCCCAUGAUCCUCAGGGUGGAGGUGAUCUGGACAACCCUGUGAUGUCGUCUAUAGUGGAACUAUUUCUCCUAAAGCCAUGUGGAGGUGGCAGGUGUUAGCACCUGGGGUGGGUUUCACCUGACCCCCUGUCAGUCAGUGUUGUCCUGAGGUAGGUCUUCCUAUGGGGAGGAGGGAGUUGCAGCCUUCCUGCCCUUUGACCUCCAUGUUGAAGUUCCAGAGGUACGGAGGGAGGGUGAAGGGCUGGCUCAACAGCCAUGCCACCGCCCACCCACCAUCAUGAUGCAGAGCCACUGGGAGUGAGUGGAGAGCCAACAAGCCGCAAUCUGUUGGUAUCUGACGAUCUCUUCCGUGUGUUUGUGUGUGUGUGUGUGUGAGAGAGAGAGUGUUUGACUUUGUCACGUCAGAUUUUACUGGACUACUGGAAAUUUAACCUUACACCUGCAGGCCUGAACUCAGAAGCCUUGAAUGGAGAGGGCAGGAAGACAAACUGUCACUUACAUAACUUCAAUCACAUUUAAAAAAAAAAAAAAAAAAAAAAAGUUUAUCCUUUCACUACAUUUUGUUGGUUGGUUUGAAUCAUUGUGGCGUGUGUGUAGAUACCGCCAUGUUAUGUACAGUAGCCAGAGAUGAACGGCAUGAGCAGAUCCAGUCAAUUCUAUAUGAGUUCCAUACAUGACCCAAACAAUUAUGCAAGUGUUACUUUUUUAGGUUUCUUAUGUUUUCACUGAAUUUAACUA